AUGAAGCACGAUGCCAUCCUCUGCGCGUCGCCCGUCGACAUCAAGGCCAAGAAGUGCAUGGUCUCCUACUGGAGGGUCCGCUUCUGGGUCCUCCGCAACGGCGAGCUCCUCGAGGCCGCCUCCCAGCAAGACAUCGAGCGCCGCCACAAGGUCACGCGCUACACCGUCCUUCGCGGCGCCAAGUGGCUCGAGCGCCCGUACGGCAUCCAAGUCGAGACGAAGGAGGCCGGCUGGCUCUACGCCAACAUCGCGAUGAAGGCCACGUGGGCCAUGUGGGUCCACGGGCUCCUGCUCCUCGACCUCGCGUACGGUCCGAAGGGCAGUGUCUCGUCCGAAGAUCCCUCGUGCCCGUCCGAAGACGACCUCGAAGCGACGCCAGGCCCGCGAAUUCCGGCGCUCACCGACGAAGAGGCCAUGGACCUCUUCUACACCAAGUCCGAAAUGGAAGCGUUCAAGGGCAGCGUGACGACAUUAAAAAGUUUUACGGUCGUCAUGGUCUAG